GUGCUGGACUCGGCGAGACGCGGGCGAGAAGGAAAAGAAGGCGCGAGGUGAACUGAGUUUGAUCCUGAGGCGCCUACAAGUGGGUCCCCGGCGGGCGGCGGGCGGGGCGGCUGGGCGGGAGGCCGGCGGGAGCUCACACGCUCGGCAGCCGGCCGGCCUCUCACCACGCCUCCCGCUUUGUGAGCGCGCCCAGGGGGGGAGCUGGCCGCAAGCCCACGGCGCGCCUCCCGCCUCUAUAUAAACACACGCAUCGCCUUGCCUUGGAUCAAAUCAGAUUGAGAGACGCUUUUCAAACCACCAGCCCUGAAGUCCUGCCUCCUGCUUUUCCCCUCUUUCAUCCCUUUUUGCCGUUCUUUCUUUCUUUCUCCCCGCCCCCCCCUCCUCUCUUUUCUUUUCCCCAACAGCAACUCCAGAGCCAGAGCCGAGAGACUGCGUCCCGGGACAGACUGCCUUUUCUUAAUUGAUAGAUAGCCGGGCUCGGGUUUUCCACCCCCCCAACCCCACCCCGCCUCACCCCUCCCGCCCGCCGCCGCCGCCCCAGCGCCCGCCUGGGGCUCUGUGGCCGGCUGCGUCCCUUCCCGGCUGCGUCCCGCCGACUCCGCGCUCGCGCUUGGGCCAACGCGCCCGCCUCGCCCGCCUCCGGGUGCCGCGGCGGCUCCAGCCUCUGCACUCGUCUCAUCUGGGGAGCCUUUUCCCAAGCCCCCAAAGUUUCUGGGUUCGUUGGAAUUUUUGCAUUCCGAUUUUUUCCUUUUUAUGCACCUAGAAAUUUUGAAGGUAUACUUUUGAUAAAUUGACCGCACUUUCCGCUAGCUCUCGGGUCCCCUUCUUUUUGCUCCCCUCACUUUGAGCAGGGUAGGGGGCUUCCGAGAGGCUUCUGGUGGAUAAAGUUUUCCAAAGUUUUUCUAGUGUGAUGGUCGAGGGGAGAGCAGGCUCACCAGCUUGACUCAGCUUCAUCUCACCUCCCCAGAGCAGCCCUAAGCCCGCGUAAAGGGACAAACAAACAAACAAACAAACAAAGUUACACCUCGAGUCGCCUCGUGUCUCCUCUCUUCUUCCAGGAAAUCUUUUUUCUCCCUCUCUUCGAUCACCUCGCAGCCUUCAGACCCCUUCUCUGGGCCCCAUCUCCUGGGUUUCGCCCGAGGGGUGCCAGGACCCCCGGCCGCAGCCUCCCCUCCCCCGUCACUCUAGUCCGGCCCUCCCCUCCCCCUUCGCGGCCCGCACAGCCAAUCCCCCGAGCGGCCGCCAACAUGCUCUUUGAGGGCUUGGAGCUGGUGUCGGCGCUGGCCACCCUCGCCGCGUGCCUGGUGUCCGUGACGCUGCUGCUGGCGGUGUCGCAGCAGCUGUGGCAGCUGCGUUGGGCGGCUACCCGCGACAAGAGCUGCAAGCUGCCCAUCCCCAAGGGCUCCAUGGGAUUCCCGCUCAUCGGAGAGACCGGCCACUGGUUGCUACAGGGUUCCGACUUCCAGUCGUCGCGCCGGGAGAAGUAUGGCAACGUUUUCAAAACACACUUGCUUGGUCGGCCGCUGAUCCGUGUGACCGGUGCGGAGAACGUGCGCAAGAUCCUCCUGGGUGAACACCAGCUAGUGAGCACCGAAUGGCCGCGGAGCGCACGUGUGCUACUUGGCCCCAACACGGUGGCCAAUUCCAUUGGCGACAUCCACCGCAACAAGCGCAAGGUCUUCUCCAAGAUCUUCAGCCAUGAGGCGCUAGAGAGCUACCUGCCCAAGAUCCAACUGGUAAUCCAGGACACACUUAGAGCGUGGAGUAGCCAGCCGGAGGCCAUCAAUGUAUAUCAGGAGGCCCAGCGACUUACCUUCCGAAUGGCCGUGCGUGUGCUGCUGGGCUUCAGCAUCCCUGAGGAGGAUCUGGGCCAUCUCUUUGAGGUUUACCAGCAGUUUGUGGAUAAUGUGUUCUCUCUUCCUUUGGACCUUCCCUUCAGUGGCUACCGAAGGGGCAUCCAAGCUCGGCAGAUCCUUCAGAAGGGCCUCGAGAAGGCUAUCCGUGAGAAGCUGCAGUGUACCCAGGGCAAAGACUACUCGGAUGCCCUGGACAUCCUCAUUGAGAGCAGCAAGGAACACGGCAAGGAGAUGACCAUGCAGGAGCUGAAGGAUGGUACCCUGGAGCUGAUCUUUGCCGCCUAUGCCACCACAGCCAGUGCCAGCACAUCCUUGAUCAUGCAGCUGCUGAAGCACCCUGCUGUGCUGGAGAAACUGCGGGAGGAACUGCGGGCUCAGGGCCUGCUGCAUGGUGGUGGCUGCCCCUGUGAGGGCACCCUGCGCCUGGACACACUCAGCGGCUUGCGCUACCUGGACUGCGUUAUCAAAGAGGUCAUGAGGCUCUUCACGCCCAUCUCUGGUGGCUACCGUACCGUGCUGCAGACCUUCGAACUGGAUGGUUUCCAGAUCCCGAAGGGCUGGAGUGUCAUGUAUAGCAUCCGAGACACUCACGACACAGCGCCUGUGUUCAAGGAUGUGAACGUGUUUGACCCUGACCGCUUCAGCCAGGCACGCAGCGAGGACAAGGAUGGCCGCUUCCAUUACCUCCCAUUUGGUGGUGGUGUGUGGACCUGCCUGGGCAAACACCUGGCCAAGCUGUUCCUGAAGGUGCUGGCGGUGGAGCUGGCCAGCACCAGCCGCUUCGAGCUGGCCACCCGGACCUUCCCCCGCAUCACUUUGGUCCCUGUCUUGCACCCUGUGGAUGGCCUCAGUGUCAAGUUCUUUGGUCUGGACUCCAAUCAGAAUGAGAUUCUGCCUGAGACAGAGGCCAUGCUGAGUGCUACGGUGUAGCCUCACUCUGGUCUCAGCCCAGCCUAGCAGAGGGGUGGGGGACAGAGACAGAAACCUGUGGGGUGAGGAGGGGGGCUGGGUGGGAGGCCAGCAGUCCCCCUGUGUUGUCCUCCUCUGGCCUCUUCUCUGGCAAACCCUCCCCAAAUCCACAAGGGCCCCGCCCCCUCCUGCCUCCUGCUCCCUUGGAUCUCCACUGCCCCCUAGCUUAGCUCCUGAGACAGGGCCGGGACAGGACUCUGUGUGCCCAUGACAGUGUUAGAGCCAGUUGGCUGAGCCGCAGAGCAGAAUAUGCUAUAUAGCCUCUGAACGCUCCCUCCUCUUACCCCCUGUCUUUUUGUUGGUGGUCUGGUGGUUGUGAAGGCAGAAGGGAAGAUAAGAGGGGGACCUCUUGGAGCACUCUUUGGCAUCCUUCACCCUGCCUCCUUUCACUGCUCAAAUGGUGUCCAGAACAGCAUCUUGGGGAUUCUCACCUAAGCUAACCUGGGAAGGGCAAGAGCUGCCGCCAGCCUUGAGGGUGCCCUGCACCAGCCUGACCAGUCUGGACAUUGGAAAUUACCUAUUGCUGCUAUUUGUUCUCUCUUCUGACCUUGGGGUACAGGAGCCUAUAGGCUUAAUCCCCAGCAUCUUUCUUGGUGGUCCUGGGCAGGCACACUGGCACUCCUCCCCUACGGGACCCACUGAGCCAGGUGGUUUUGGGCUACAGCUGUCCACCCCUGCCCCCGAGCCCAUAUUUAUUCACUGACCUUGGCUACACUGAGGUCUGGAGCACACACCCCACACAUCACCAGCUCUGUCCUGGCUCUCCUUUUCAGGGUUUAUGUGAGGCAAGCAGACAGGUCUCUGGUCUAACCCAGCUCCCUGGUGAGGGUUAAUGUCAGGGUCAGACACCCAAUGUCUCUGCCUGGUGGUUUUUAUCACCUGCUCGCAUCUGUUAAAGCCCUGGGCUUGCGCAUCUGGGGCCACCACUUCCUGUUCGCUCACUGCCUGCCCCAGUGCCAGCCACUUCCCAAGUGAGGAUGUGUAAGGAUACGGGUUCUCCUGAAGGGACUUCUUGCCUCCCCUUCCUUAACCCUCACUUUCUGUCCCUUUGCUCUUGGGAGAGUUCCCCGCCCCACCCCCAUCCUAAACCCACCCCACCCCCAUGCCACUGUCUGCCAAGCCCAGCUCAGGGUGUGAGCAGAGAUGAAAGCAAAGAGGUAAGGUAGAGAGAGCCCUCCCUCUGCAAAGGCUCAGGCCCCAGGGGGUCUGGAGACACUGCAAGGAGGUUGCCAUAGAAAGCCUUGGAGAAGGAGACCAGAAGGAGGAAGAGGACAGGCAUAGGUGUGAUUUGUCAGAAGUGGUUCAGUUGCAGAGCAGCCAGUGGGGGCAACUGGGUGGAGGAGGAGGGGCUCCUGCCUCUGCCUUUUUGAGGGCUGGCCACUCAGGACCCCUUUUGGAAGGGUGUGGGGCUCUGGUGAGUCUCUAGGCAAUUUUGUCUGUUUUCAGAUUGCUGUUUGCUUUUGUUUUCCAUCCAUUGUUUUGUAUGUUACAAAGGCAGUGGGUCCUCUUUGCAAGAAAAUAAAAACACAGAAUGACAUCCCACAUCAACCUGACCCUAGAUGGCCACUGUCAUGUCUCACCAGCCAAGCGGGACUCCUCUGUAAGCUGUGCUUCCCAGAUGUUUCAGUGGUCUCCUGCAUUUUCCUGACAGAUCCGGCACAAGCAAGAACAUUAGCACAGAUGUUAGCAGCAAAAUUAACGUGGACUUAAAAAUAAGUAUAAUCCCUCGAUUUCCUUUCCCAGAUCUGAAACAGACCAAAAUGUGUAAAGACUCAUCAAAGCGUAUGACAUAGGUGCAUGCUGCCCCCCAAACCAGCUCAGUGCCUGGAAGGUUCGUUUUCCUGCACGCUAGCCCCGCUUGCCUGCAGCCAUCCAGUUUGGACUGAAGAUGCAUGCAGUAACCCUGGCCCUGGCGAGGGGCAGGGGCACUGGAGGGCCCCAGCAGGCUUCAGGGGUCUUCCCUUUUGGGGGGCCAGCCCAGGAGGUGUGGAGAAGGAAAAGCUGAGGGGGAUCCCUGUGAGGGUGGGAGGAAGAAAAGGCAAUCUGCCUGGAUGGGUCUCAGAGGUGACAGGCAAAGGGGCCCAGCCUGUAGAUGUGUCUGUCCCGUGUUCGUGUGUUUCAUUGUGGUAGCAUUAAUGGGUGAUGUUCUCUCACAUUCCUAACUAUUGUAACUUGACAUUAAAAAAUUAAACCCCACAGAACUUCCUGCCACGGGCUUGCAGAUUGAAGCACUUUCAAAGUUAGGCGCUGGCGUGUGCGUUCUGGGCAACCAUUUUGACCCUGCCCAGAUUUCUAUUAUUUUAUACACAUUUUUUUCAUAAAUGUUAUAAUUUUGUGUCUGUCUUUAUAAACUAUUAUAAGUACUAUUUUUGUUAUAAUUCAAAAUAGAUAUUUAGUAUAAAGUUUUUGCUGUUAAAUAUUUGUUAUUUAGUAAAAUAUGAAUUGUUCUUUAUUGUAAACAUGGUUCAAAAUAUUAAUAUGUUUUUAUCACAGUUGUUUUAAUAUUGAUAAAGCACUUGUGUGUUUCCUUUUGGUAUGAGCUGGUGCCGCGUGUGUGUUUUGCCUGUCGUGUGGUUUUGAUGUGUAUAUAAUAUUCCAUGUUGCAUAUCACAACAAUGAAUGUCAUGCAUUUUGUGAAAUACUCAAUGUGGCUCUUUUAUUGGCUUCCAUAAUAAACUGUGGGGACUCA